AUCUCUCUGGCACAGUGUUCGAUCGCUACCAUCAGAGCCGUCCAUUCGACGUGUCUCCACCCCCCAAAUUGCCCAUCCCCAACCGACGCUGCAAUAGGCCGCGUAAUCUCAACUCCGCCGUCUCCUUCCUCCCCGACAAAUUCCCGUUCUCCGAUACCCCACAAAAAAAAACAUUAAAAUAAAAAAUAUUUGUAUAGUGUCGACCAUCGAGGACGACGACGACGACGACGACGACGACGACGAAGCGAUCGGUACCUUACCCCGUCCCUGUUCAAGUGAAACCCUAGAGGGUGGUGCUUUCGAUCUGGGGAUCGCGGCGCGAGAUCGGGAGCCCUGGGGGCGAAUCAAUCGCGUCCUGCGGCGGCGGCGGCGGCGGCGGCGAUCCCGCGCUCUGGCCCCUUCACCUUCCUCUGGAACCCUAAAGCCCGCCGCCCCACCUACCUCCUAGACUCCCUCCCCGCAAUGGACUUCGUCAGCCGCCACGCCGCCGCCGCCGACAACCACCAGCCCCCUCCUCCCCCUCCCUCCGAGCCCUCCACCUCCCCCCGCGCCGCCGCGGGAUCCUCCUCCUCCUCCUCCUCCGCCGCCGCCCCCGCCGUCGCCGAGGAGCCCGAGUACCUCGCCCGCUACUUGGUGGUGAAGCAUUCAUGGCGGGGGCGCUACAAGCGGAUCCUCUGCAUCUCCAGCUCCACGAUCAUCACACUGGACCCCACCACGCUGGCGGUGACCAACUCCUACGACGCCGCCCCCGACUUCGAGGGGGCGGCGCCGGUUCUCGGCCGCGGCGACGAUGCGGGCGCGUUGGAGUUCACUCUCAGCGUCCGCACCGACGGCCGCGGCAAGUUCAAGGCGAUCAAGUUCUCGUCGCGGCUUCGGGCGAGCAUCCUCACAGAGCUGCAUCGACUUCGCCGGGCCAAGCUCGGGCCCGUUAUGGAGUUCCCCGUCCUCCACCUCCGCCGCAGGACCUCUGAGUGGGCCCCCUUCAAAUUAAAAGUUACUUCUGUUGGCGUUGAACUUCUCGAAGGACUGUCCGGAGAUCGGCGGUGGUGUCUGGAUUUUAGAGACAUGGAUUCCCCUGCCAUCAUUCUUUUAGCUGACAGCUAUGGAAAGAGGACUCCUGAAGGUGGAGGGUUUGUUCUCUGCCCUCUGUAUGGAAGGAAAAGGAAAGCCUUCAUGGCUUCCUCUGGGGCUACGAACACCGGAAUUAUUUCGUAUUUGACUAAAACCGCAAAAUCUACAGUUGGAUUGACUUUGUCUGUGGACAGCUCUCAGGCGAUGACAGCGGCAGAUUUUAUUGCUAGCAGAGCAAAGGAGGCAGUUGGAGCGAAUGAAACCCCAUAUGGAGGAUGGUCUGUUAUAAGGUUACGCCCUGCGGCUCAUGGAACUGCUAACAUUGAGAGCUUAAGUUUGGGAAUUGGACCCAAGGGAGGACUUGGAGAUCAAGGUGAUGCUGUAUCACGCCAACUAAUUCUUACAAAGGUUUCACUUGUUGAGAGGCGGCCUGAAAAUUAUGAGGCUGUUAUUGUUCGACCUCUAUCUGCUGUAAGUAGUCUUGUUCGAUUUGCGGAAGAGCCACAAAUGUUUGCUGUUGAAUUCAAUGAUGGCUGCCCCAUUCAUGUAUAUGCUAGUACUUCUCGUGAUAGCUUGCUUGCAGCAGUUCGUGAUGUUCUGCAAACUGAGGGUCAGUGCGCUGUACCAGUGCUCCCUAGGUUGACAAUGCCCGGUCAUCGCAUUGAUCCGCCUUGUGGAAGAGCAUAUCUUCAGAUACAUCAGCUUCCUCAACAGCGUUCUGUUGCUGAUUUGGAGAGUGCAACAAUGCAUAUUAAACAUUUAGCUGCAGCUGCUAAAGAUACUGUAGCUGAAGGAGGGUCAGUUCCAGGCUCAAGAGCAAGAUUGUGGCGCCGAAUAAGGGAAUUUAAUGCAUGCAUACCCUACAGUGGCAUUCCUGUCAAUAUUGAGGUGCCCGAAGUCGUCUUGAUGGCUUUAAUCACAAUGCUCCCCGCCACACCAAACCUUCCCCCAGAAGCGCCCCCACCUCCGCCCCCAUCACCAAAAGCAGCGGCAACAGUGAUGGGGUUCAUUGCGUGUUUGCGUAGGUUACUUGCAUCGAGAAAUGCAGCAUCUCAUGUUAUGUCUUUUCCUGCUGCCGUUGGGAGAAUAAUGGGGCUACUCAGAAAUGGUUCAGAGGGAGUAGCGGCAGAGGCUGCAGGACUUGUAGCUAUGCUCGUCGGUGGUGGUCCUGGCGAUACUAGCAUGUUGAUGGAUACAAAGGGGGAGGGGCAUGCCACUUACAUGCAUACUAAGUCUGUCCUGUUUGCACAUCAGGCCUACGUCACUAUUAUUGUUAAUAGGCUGAAACCGACAUCUGUCUCGCCUUUAUUGUCAAUGUCUGUCGUGGAGAUCCUUGAAGCUAUGCUUUGUGAGCCCCACGGUGAAACAACCCAACACACUACUUUUGUUGAGUUUCUACGCGAAGUUGCUGGCCUGCGGCGUCGCUUGUUCGCGUUGUUUGGGCACCCUGCUGAAAGUGUGAGAGAGACCGUGGCUGUUAUUAUGCGAACUAUUGCGGAGGAAGAUGCAAUUGCAGCAGAAUCCAUGCGCGAUGCUGCAUUGAGAGAUGGUGCUUUAUUAAGACACUUGCUUCAUGCUUUCUUUCUCCCCGCUGGCGAGCGCCGUGAUGUUAGUCGGCAGCUUGUCGCCCUGUGGGCAGAUUCUUAUCAACCUGCCCUCGAUUUGCUGUCACGAGUUCUUCCUCCUGGUCUUGUUGCUUAUCUUCAUACUCGUACGGAUAUAAACUCUGAAGAUUCUCAGAAUCAGUAUGAAGAGGCACCAUUAAGUAGAAGGCACCGACGCAUACUGCAGCAGAGGAGGGUCCGGAUUGGUAGAGGCAUAACAAACCAGGAACAUGGGAUUCCUACUAAUAACGUUGAAGAUGGUGAAUUUGCAAGGCAUGCUGGUACCAGUGCUUACGGAGAGCCGGAAGCAUAUCAGAGACCUAUUCAAGAGUCAAAUGUAUUUCCCUCUGCAUUUCCAGGUAUGAACCAGAAUGCGGAACCUUCCCAUGCACUUCUGCAUAAUGCUGCUUCUGGAGCUGUUGUCGCCGAUAAUGUUCAGCAAGCUGGUAUCUCACAGAUGUCGGGUCCUUGUUCUUCUGAUUUAGUAGACUCUAAAGCUAGCCUUCAUGGUUCUAUGAAUUCGGAUCUUCCAGCCCCUGCUCAGGUUGUUGUGGAGAACACCCCUGUAGGAUCUGGCAGGUUAUUAUGCAAUUGGCAAGGAUUUUGGAAAGCAUUUGGGCUGGAUCACAAUCGAGCGGAUUUAAUCUGGAAUGAACGUACCAGGCAAGAACUGAGAGAAGCUUUACACGCUGAAGUUCAUAAACUAGAUGUUGAGAAGGAAAGAACUGAGGACAUUGUCCCUGGAAGUGCAAUGCCUGAGGAUGGUAGUGCCUAUGAUAAUGCACCUCGGAUAUCUUGGAACUAUGCUGAGUUUUCAGUUAGCUACCCUAGCUUAUCAAAAGAAGUCUGUGUGGGCCAGUAUUAUUUGAGACUGCUGCUUGAUAGUGGAAACAGCUGUCGUGCGCAGGAUUUUCCAUUGCGUGAUCCAGCUGCAUUUUUUAGAGCAUUAUAUCAUCGUUUCUUAUGUGAUGCAGACAUAGGGCUUACUGUGGAUGGUGCUAUUCCUGAUGAAUUGGGUUUAUCAGAUGAUUGGUGUGACAUGGGGAGAUUGGAUGGCUUCGGUGGAGGUGGAGGGUCUGCAGUAAGAGAGCUUUGUGCAAGGGCAAUGGCUAUUGUUUAUGAGCAGCAUUAUAAAACAAUUGGACCUUUUGACGGUGCUGCUCAUAUUACAGUUCUUUUGGACAGAACAGAUGAUCGUGCAUUGAGGCACCGUCUGCUUCUUUUACUAAAAGUCCUAAUGAAAAAUCUUUCCAAUGUUGAAGCAUGUGUUUUGGUUGGGGGUUGUGUUUUGGCUGUUGAUCUUCUAACCGUUGCUCAUGAAGCUUCUGAGAGGACUGCUAUACCUUUGCAAUCAAAUCUGAUUGCAGCUACAGCUUAUAUGGAACCACUAAAGGAAUGGAUGUACAUUGACAAAGAUGGUGAACAAGUUGGCCCUCUCGAAAAAGAUGCUAUCAGAAGAUUAUGGUCAAAGAAGGCCAUUGAUUGGACCACCAGAUGUUGGGCCUUUGGAAUGACUGACUGGAAAAGGCUGCGUGACAUCCGUGAAUUGCGUUGGGCAUUGGCGAAUCGAGUUCCUGUUUUAACCCCAAUUCAGGUAGGCGAGGCUGCAUUGUCUAUAUUACAUACCAUGGCAUCUGCCCAUUCUGAUCUUGAUGAUGCGGGAGAGAUUGUUACUCCAACACCAAGAGUGAAACGAAUUUUAUCCAGUCCUAGAUGUCUUCCGCAUGUUGCUCAGGCUAUGCUUACUGGGGAGCCAAGCAUUGUAGAAGCUGCUGCUGCUUUGCUCAAGUCCAUUGUUACCAGAAACCCUAAGGCAAUGAUUCGGCUAUACAGCACGGGUGCCUUCUACUUUGCCCUAGCCUACGCUGGCUCUAACCUGCUUACCAUUGCACAACUUUUUGCGGUAACUCAUGUUCAUCAAGCAUUUCAUGGUGGUGAAGAGGCUGCAGUCUCCUCGUCGUUGCCCCUGGCAAAGCGCAGCGUAUUAGGUGGACUCCUUCCUGAAUCGUUGUUGUAUGUGCUGGAGCGCAGUGGGCCUGCAGCUUUUGCUGCAGCGAUGGUAUCUGAUUCUGAUACACCAGAAAUCAUUUGGACACAUAAGAUGCGAGCAGAACAUUUGAUUCGUCAGGUUCUUCAGCACCUCGGCGAUUUCCCUCAGAAAUUAUCACAGCACUGCCAUUCAUUGUAUGAUUAUGCUCCUAUGCCUCCAGUUACUUAUCCAAAUUUGAAGGAUGAAAUGUGGUGUCAUCGUUAUUACCUUCGAAACUUAUGUGACGAGAUAAGGUUUCCAAACUGGCCCAUUGUCGAACAUGUAGAAUUUCUGCAGUCCUUGCUGGCAAUGUGGCGUGAAGAAUUAACUCGACGGCCGAUGGAUCUUUCUGAAGAAGAAGCUUGCAAGAUAUUGGAGAUCUCUCUAGAUGAUAUCGUAAUUAGCGAGAAUGGUGGUGGGACACAAAUGUCAGAGAUCAAUGGGACAAAUUCUAACACGUCUAAGCGCAUUGAAAACAUUGAUGAAGAAAAGCUUAAACGUCAGUAUCGAAAACUGGCAAUUAGGUACCAUCCUGACAAGAAUCCUGAAGGGAGGGAGAAGUUUGUAGCUGUACAGAAGGCUUAUGAGAGGUUGCAGGCAACCAUGCAAGGAUUGCAAGGGCCACAAGUUUGGAGAUUGCUGCUCCUAUUGAAAGGGCAAUGUAUCUUGUACAGGAGAUAUGGGGAUGUCUUGGAGCCUUUCAAAUAUGCUGGCUAUCCAAUGUUGCUUAAUGCUGUCACUGUGGAUAAGGAUGAUAACAAUUUCCUUUCAUCUGAUAGGGUCCCUCUUCUAAUUGCGGCAUCAGAGCUAAUAUGGCUGACAUGCGCAUCCUCUUCAUUGAAUGGUGAAGAACUGAUCCGAGAUGGCGGGAUACCUCUAUUGGCUACUCUUCUUUCUCGCUGCAUGUGUGUGGUUCAGCCUACAACUCCUGCAAAUGAACCUGCUGCGAUUAUUGUUACGAAUGUUAUGCGCACAUUCGCAGUUUUAAGUCAGUUUGAAACGGCAAGAGCUGAGAUGCUAAAUUUUGGGGGACUUAUUGAGGACAUUGUGCAUUCUACAGAGCUAGAGCUUGUUCCAUCUGCAGUUGAUGCUGCCCUUCAGACAGCGGCCCAUGUUUCUGUAUCAUCUGAAUCGCAAGAUGCCCUAUUAUCAGCUGGCUUUUUGUGGUAUACGUUGCCUCUUCUGCUUCAAUAUGAUUCAACAGCAGAUGAGAAUGAUGCAAAUGAAGCACAUGGUGUUGGUGCAAGUGUGCAGAUAGCUAAAAACCUGCAUGCUGUGCGUGCAACUCAGGCUCUGUCAAGGCUGUGUGGUACCUCCAAGGAUGGAAUUUCAACCCCUUGCAAUGAAACAGCUGCUAUUGCACUCAGAUCUUUGCUUACACCUAAGCUUGUUGAUUUGCUGAAAAACCAGCCGCCGAAAGAUCUAUUGUCCAAUCUAAAUGCAAACUUGGAGUCGCCAGAGAUCAUAUGGAACUCUUCCACCAGAGCAGAACUACUCAAAUUUGUGGAUCAGCAGCGCGCCAGUCAAAACCCUGAUGGCUCUUAUGAUUUAGCAGAGUCACAUUCCUUUGCUUACGAAGCAUUAUCUAGAGAGUUGCAUGUGGGUAAUGUGUACUUAAGGGUUUACAACAAUCAACCAGACCACGAGAUAAGUGCGCCGGAAGCUUUUUGUGUGGCUCUCCUUAAAUUUAUAUCAGAGCUGGUGCAUAAAUGGACUGCAUCAAAUUUUGAUUUGCAAAGUAUGGUCGAUGAAAAUGGUACGUCUAUAAAUACGUCAGAAAUUCAAGAUGACACAGUUAGUAGACAAAGUGAUGAAAUUAAAGGAGACGAUUCAUCCAAUGUCUCCAAUAAAGAAGAAAUGAUCAAUGAAGAUGCUGAACUGAUCAAGAACCUUCGAAUUGGAUUGACAUCACUGCAGAAUUUACUAAGAAGCAACCCCACUGUGGCGGCUGUUUUUUCUACCAAAGAGCAGCUCGUGCCUAUUUUUGAGUGCCUUGCCCUGCCUGUACCAGCUGAAAGCAACAUCUCACAACUCUGUCUUAAUGCUCUUUCCCUUUUGACAACAUAUGCCCCUUGUCUAGAGGCUAUGGUUGCGGAAAGGUCCAGCCUCAUCUUAUUGUUUCAGAUACUCCACUCUAAUCCGGCUUGCAGGGAAGGGGCCCUUGCUGUCCUCUAUUCCUUGGCAAGCACCCCAGAGCUGGCAUGGGCUGCUGCCAAGCAUGGUGGAGUCGUUUACAUUCUUGAGCUCAUUUUACCACUCCAAGAAGAAAUCCCUCUUCAGCAAAGAGCUGCUGCUGCCUCCUUGUUGGGCAAGCUUGUUGGACAGCCAAUGCAUGGCCCUAGAGUGGCAAUUACACUUGCAAGAUUUCUGCCAGAUGGCUUGGUAUCUGCUAUUAGGGACGGACCCGGUGAAGCAGUAGUUUCAGCUCUUGAACAAACAACUGAAACACCAGAACUUGUGUGGACCCCGGCAAUGGCCGCAUCUCUCUCUGCACAGUUGUCAACCAUGGCCGCCGACCUUUAUCGGGAGCAGAUGAAAGGGCGGGUUGUCGACUGGGAUAUACCUGAACAGGCAUCUGGCCAGCAUGUUAUGAAAGACGAGCCACAGGUUGGUGGGAUUUAUGUGAGGCUGUUCUUAAAGGACCCUAAGUUCCCAUUAAGAAACCCUAAAAGAUUCUUGGAAGGACUGUUGGAUCAAUAUGUCACCUCAAUUGCUGCCACACAUUAUGAAAUACAAGCCGUUGAUCCUGAACUUCCUUUGCUUCUGUCUGCUGCACUUGUUUCUCUGUUGCGGGUGCACCCUGCCCUCGCAGACCAUGUCGGUUAUCUAGGUUAUGUGCCAAAAUUAGUUGCCGCCAUGGCUUAUGAAGGGAGGCGUGAAACAAUGGCGUCUGGAGAGGUCAAAGGCGGAAGUCAUGUCCAUUCAGAUCAAGCUGAAGAUGAUAAUGAUGGUUCGGCCUGCUCUGCUGGACAGACCCCGCAAGAACGUGUGCGCCUUAGUUGUUUACGAGUGCUACAUCAGCUAGCUUCUAGUACUACUUGUGCUGAAGCUAUGGCUGCCACAAGUGCAGGAACACCUCAGGUUGUGCCAUUGCUUAUGAAAGCGAUUGGAUGGCAAGGAGGAAGCAUUCUAGCUUUGGAGACACUAAAGCGUGUUGUUGUUGCUGGUAACCGGGCUAGAGAUGCACUUGUUGCACAAGGAUUAAAGGUUGGUCUUGUUGAAGUGCUGCUUGGCAUUCUUGAUUGGAGAGCUGGAGGAAGACAUGGGAUCUGCACACAAAUGAAAUGGAAUGAGUCUGAGGCUUCAAUUGGACGUGUACUUGCUGUAGAGGUAUUGCAUGCCUUUGCAACUGACGGUGCCCAUUGUGCUAAAGUUCGUGAGAUAUUGAAUGCUUCUAAUGUGUGGAGUGCUUACAAAGAUCAGAAGCACGAUCUCUUCCUUCCUUCCAAUGCACAAUCGUCAGCAGCUGGUGUUGCUGGGCUCAUAGAGAGCUCGUCGUCGAGGCUCCCAUAUGCUCUCACUGCUCCACCCCCGCAGCCCCAGUUGGUUAGGCUGCCUUCUUCUGCAGCUCCUGCUUCAGCAACUGUAAGCUCAAAUGGAAGGCCUAACAAUAAGCAACUAUAGCAAGAUUUUUUUUCUUCUUUUUUCGGCACAUUGGUCCGAAUAUGUGAAUACAAUGCGGCGCCCUCUACAGCUGAUCAAAUAGUAUAUAUAUUAUAAUGUACAGUUUUGCUCUCGAUUUCAUAGAGGUUGAGUUUGGGUUCGUUUAUUUAUUAAUCGGGUAUAGCCCGGACUUUUUUAAGUGUGGGCGGGUGCUUGUAUCAUAUCCUGUCAAUAGCUUUUCCAAAUAAGUUCUCCUGUGUUGGGUUGCAAAUUUAUGGGUAUUGGCGAGUCUGUAUCUACUCAUUUUGCUUUUUUUUUUUUUUUUGAUCCAUUUUGUUUCCGAAACAUUAAUAUCAUGCACCUCUUUAUUGCAAAGGGAAAAUCAGGCCUAAGGAAUGAUGGAAUAUUUGUGAGACCUGUUACCGUGAUUACA